GUCGCUAUCUGUGGCAGAGGUGGAGGCACAGGCCCAUGACAGAAGAGGCGGCGUGCGGGGGUUGCUGGAGGGCCCGGCGGGGGGAGGGGGCGGGGCAGUCCCCGACUACAGGCACCCCAUCCUCAAACUGAUCUCUUCCAAGACGGUGGAGGAGAUAGAGCGCCAGCAUCUGGAGGAGCACAAGCUCAAGGCAGGAGGCGUGCCCCCCGAGGCCAGCCCAGCGACGGGUCACGGGUCAAGGUCACCGGCCGGGGCCACGGAGAGCGCAGGGAUGGAGCUGAUGCAGCUGCUGGGACAAGGGGGCGGGGCUAAAGUCCCGUCAGGCCACGCCCCCAUGCCAGGAGAGGGAGGGUCUGACAGGGGAGGGGGCGGGGGAGCCGCCAUGGACAGUGCUGCUGCUGUGAAGAAACUCAUCACUCUACAAG